GUUCUGAUCACACUGAUUGAGCGAUCUAAUGGUCUGUGAGUGAGUGACAAGAACCCGGCCAUUGCCAAAUGUGGUGGGAAAUAAAUUGGAGUGAAGAAGUCACGCAAAGAGCUUCUGCAAAGAUUUCGAUGGAUUCACUUGUACUUUCUGUAUUUAUCGCGCUAUCUAACUUAUUCGUUGCAUAGUUUUUUUCUUGUGCAGAUUAUCAAAUGGAACUAAAACACGUUAUUAUCGUUUUUGGUACGUUUAUCAUCGUAGUAAAAAGCGCUCCGACCACCCAUUCCAACACUCAAUCUCAAAACCCAACGCCUGCUGGUAUUGAAAUGAAAAUAGAAGCCCCAAAUCAACCAAGGACGACCAGAAGCUACGGUACCCAAUUAGAUUACGUAUUCAAUGUAGAUUGGAACAAAGAUCUUUUUAAAUUCUUCAAUGUUCCUAUGUCGUACGAUCUCACAGAUUCUACAUCAUAUUUCGCUACACCGACAACAUUCGGAUCCAUUCUAGAUUACAGUAGUCAUGAAUCAACCCCGGCAGCAGAGCUCUAUCAACAUUACCAAGAACCCCCAUUAUCACAAGAGGAGCAUUAUGAACAUUACGAAGAACCCUCUCCAGAACCACACCAAUAUCCACCUUACAUAGAACCCCAUUCCCAAGAAGAGGACUAUCAACAAUACAAAGGAUCUCCUUCGCCUCAUAUCUACAACGUUCAACUAUUCUUUGAAGAUAUACCGCAUAUAAAACUUCUUUUGGACAAUCAAAAAAUACGAGAAGCCAAUCAUUUGCAACUAAAUAAUUUGGGAUCGUUGAGGAUGGGACAUCCUUUCGAGCGGUAUCCUAACUCAGAUAGAAAGUUUAUUGGUUAAAAGUAGGAAAAUUAUUUGUUAAAUGGAGUGAUUCUUAAAAAUGUUUCUAAAGUAAGCUUUAGAAAAAUUAAGGUAUGUCACUUAUUUCGGUCUAAAAAAUGUAUCAGUUGUCAGGUGAACUAGAUUUUUUGCCCAGCAAAUUACUCAGUCAUUAUAGAAGUGUUUUUCUUAAAUGGCCCAUACCAAGACAUUUUUCGAAAAAAAUACGAGGUCAGUCUAGAUUUACUAAAGUUUCAUACUGCAUAUGUUUACUUAGUAACUGUCAAAUCGUAACCUAAUAAUCACAUCCUAACUUCUCUUUUUCAAAUUCGUAGUACCUGUCGUAUUUUUUAGGUUUUUGAUAAAAACAUUUUCGAGAUACCGACAGGGUCGUAUAACAGUUUAUAGGUACAAUAUUUAUUUAAUCAAACAAGAUUUGAGAGUAAUACUAGAAAUAAUUCAUAUUAAACAUAAGGGAAAUAUAAAAAUAA